AUGGACACACAUCCAGGCAAAUCGCGGCCCUUGAGCAAGAGAGGGAGUCGAUCAUGCCCUGACAAGCCCUCGACCCUGGAAGGGCAAGGUAAGAAUAUCGAAAGCGCUCUGGUUUCUGGACUUGAAACAAUUGCGGGUAUAUUCGAUGAUCUCCAGUUAUUACGAAGUUUUGGAGUCAUUGGUGAAAACAACGUUUUUUAUCAAAAACUGAAUAAAAGUGGCUUUUGUUCAAAAGCAUGGCUGGUGUCUCUCACUCUAUCUUCUCGAAGAAAUGCCAGUGACAUUAUCAACCUAGCAAUUUCGAGGUCUAGGUUAAAACGGGAACAAGCCGAAUUCAUGAGACGCCCUGUAAACCCUGUCCGUAAGGUUUUAAACGCCAAAGUAACCGCUAGAAUCCAAGAAAUUAAUCAGAAACUCAUUUUGGUAGCUCUCGAAUUGAUACAAAAUAUAGGUUAUUUGACUUUAGUCGCUGCCGAUGUGCUUGCAUUCGGGCUCACAGAAAAGUGGAAAAGAUUGCUGGAAAGAGUUUCAAGCAUAUUCGCAAUUGCAAGGCUUCUAUUUUCAGGAUUUUCCUCUUUAACGCCGUGA